GGCUUAAAGCUAAAGCGAUCGGUGCGAAAGUCAGUGUAGUCGGUGGCAGAUUUUCACUUUUCUUUAAAUUGUUAAAACAUAUAAAAAAAAUUCACGGACAUAAUUUAUCAAUUCGCAGUGAGACAAAUAAAACUGGUGAUCAUAUCCUCUGUAUUUGUUGUGUACGGCAGUGAUGGACCUUUCGGUGAUGUUGAGGAAUUUCUGCCUCCGGAUGGUGAUCCUGGUGUAAAACCGUUUCCACGGCGGUUCAUGGUGAUGAAUCUGCUGUUCUACAUCGAAGAAAUGAUUUGUGUUGUUGCAAAUCAUAACCUCAAUUGCGCGUCUUUGUGAAUACGUCGAUUCGUCGCCAAUCCCCUGCGCGACGUCUAUAACUGAAGUAAAGUUUAUUCUUUAUAUAUGAUUCAACGCGAGUAUCAAAUGAACAACGGGUUUAGUACAGGAGAAGAAGAUUCUCGAGGAAAUUCCGACCAAAUAUGUUGCCUUGUGGAUGAUAGCGAUCGGUGCAGGCGAUCCGCUGGCAACGCGGCGUACAGCAAACGCAUCCAGAAGACGGUCACCCAGCGGCGGCUCAAGCUGAACAUUGACCCUCAGGCAAGACAUACAUACAUUUGUGACUAUCACAAAAACAUGAUACAGUGUGCACGGACGAAGCAGAGGAGGCCAAAGGACUCAGAGGAUGACAGUAACGAGGCAGAGAUGGAUUCGCCAGAGGUUGACUGGUUCUCACUGCAAGUGAACACCCUAAGGCGUUACAAGAGGCAUUACAAGGUGCCUACGCGGCCCGGCUUCAACAAGGCUCAAUUAGCAGAUGCUAUACAGAAACACUUCAAGUCAUUGCCAGUAAAUGAGAAGGAGAUUAUGACAUAUUUUAUUUAUAUGGUAAAGACAAAUGGCAACAAGCUGGACCAAAAGAAUGGAAUCACCUCUGAUUCUGUAUAGACUGUGGUGUAACUUAAUCUUAUUUUAGACGACAUAGACUUAAUUAGAUCAUUAUUUUAGGUACCCUAUUCUUACUCUAUUUCUCUUCUUAAAUUAUCAGUCUCAGAUGGUUACUUGGGAGUUGUAAUUAAAUAUGAUAAUUCCUCUAUUAUUGCAUGACAAUUUGUAUUAAAGAGUAUCAAUUUAAACUCAUAUGCUGUGUAUUGUAGUGCAUUUUGUUUCAGAUAACACAAAUAAAUAUUGAUAAAUUUUAUUUAACAACAUUCUCACCAAAUUAUUAUAGUUUAUUAUAUUAUGGUAGAAAAUAAAAUGUCUGUCAGUCAUAAACUCUAAGUUUGUGUAGAAUAGUAUCAGUUCACCUGGGGGUCCCUUUGUUUGACAUAAUUAUUGAGUCAUAAUGUAAUGAUUGUUAUAUUAUCAUUAGUCAUAAUUCUGAAACCGUUAACUUUUCAGGAUUUUCCUCGGGUUAUCCUAUAGUUAGGUUAGGUUUAUUUUAUGGCAAUCCUGAAAAGUUACGCGUUUCUGAGAAAACCCAAAUUAUGACUAAUGAUAAUAUGACAAUCAUUACAUUAUGACUUUCAAUAAUUAUGGCAAACAAUAGAUACCCGUUUACCUGUUACAGUUAGGCAUUAUGAUACAAAAUUGUUUUGUAAUUUAGUCUUGGGAUAUUAUAUUUAAUUGCAGUGUAAUGCACCUGUUUUCUUGUAUCAAGACAGAAUGUAUUGGGAAAUAUCAAGAUUGAAAAUCAAUGUGUGCUGACGUUUACUAAUCCUUCAUUAUAUUAUUGUGACAUUUUAAAUAAUUUUAUUUAAUUAUUUUCCAUAAAUGAACUUAUAUUACAUAAUGUUUUAACCAUUGUAUGAAUCUGUAAGCAUCUUAUGAUGAAAUUAACGUCAUUAGUAAGUUAUAUUUAUUUCCAUAUAGUAUAAUUAGCCAAUAUUUUUGUAUUAUACUAUCCUUGCAGUGUCAAAGUGUUAUGUAUGAUUGUUAAUUUAUGAGGGAAAUGCAAUGCUAAUAAUAUAGUACUGUUAAGAGAUAAUAACAGUAAAUUGUAAAAUGGAUUUUUAUUACAUUUUAUGUAACAUA